AUGUUCCUCCUCUCUCUACGCGCAGCCGCCCUGCAGCGGACAACGAGUGCUGUGCGGCCGGAGGAGUCGGAGGAGGAGGAGCCGUGGGCCCCCGUGAGCGCCGUGCUGGUGCGCUGGAGUCCGCCCGCCGUGCUCGUGCGCUGGCGCUACAGAUACCCCGCUGCUGACGAGGAGGACGCGUUACACUUUCGCGUCUUCUAUCAGGACGUACACGACAAGUUAUCGGGCCGCGUGGCGGUAGCCUCUGGCGAGCAGCGCAGCGUGCUGCUCGAGCGACUGCAACCGGAGGCGGAGUACGUGGUGCGCGUGUUCGCCCGAGCCUCGCCUAGCCUCGCCACGCGAGCCAACCGAACCACAGACGCGCCCGUCGGCCUGGUGCGCUUCGUGGCGCCCGGAACUGCGGCCACAGCCAGCGCAGCAGCAACCAAUGGCAGCAGCUCCAGCAGCAGUAGCAGCAACAACAGCAGUAGCAGCGGCGCGGCGGCGACGGCGAUGGCGGGUGGCGGCGGAGGCUCCCGUGGUGGCGUGGUGUCAUCUCGGAACGUGGUUGUUCGCGACGAGGAGAUCGUAAUUGUGGUGCUCGUGCUGAGCGUGUGGCUGGCCGUCAUCCUGCUAUUCUUCAACAAGUGGGGAAAGAUCCGCAUGUUGGAGCCAUACCAGCCGCAGUACCACGAACAGUUGGAGCCCCCUUCGCCACCGGUGCUGCAGGUGAAGACCGCGGUGCUGGAGCGCGAGCUGCGCCGCCUGUCUUCCAACGCGAACGGCAGUGGGGCGGCCGCGCUGCACCGGCUCCAUCGUCUGCGCCACAACUCGGUGUUCGUGGGCAGCCAAAUCCUGGUGCCGCUCUCCCGGCGCGUCAAGAGCGCCGAGGACAUCAAAUCCAUGGUGCUGCAGAUCGAGCACCAGCCCAGCACGCAGUCCACCGCACUAUGAGGCUCCGCGGGCCUACGCGACUGCCGUAGGCCGUCACACUGCUGCUACGACUCCGCCGCCACGCUCCGCGGAGGACAAUUCAAUCGCUGCUGAGAGGAACCACUUCAAGGGCAUGAUGCCCGGUCGUUGUUUUGGUGAUGCGUGGCAUUUUGUGCUCACCGAGAGUGAAGGCAAUUGCCUGCUGCGGAGGAUCAAUGCCGCGUUUCGAGUACGCUUGUUCUUCGCUGAGAGUAUACUAUAGAGGAAGAUCUGCUGUAAGAUGGCUACAAUUGGUAGAUGAGUAUGUUUCUCAUCGUGCGCGGAUUGGUAGACCUGUGCGUUUCACAUCGUGCAAGUAAGCCGCGUUUUAGAGUGCAGUGGAGUGGCGUACUAAUGAUGCUUGUUGGUGAGCUAGUUGGUUUUGAUGCGUAUUGAAACGAAAAACAGCGCAAGAAGACAAGACGGAUGGCGACACACACACACGUUGUGGGUCAGCGCUCGUGUGUGUCCCCCUCCGUCCCCGCCUUCUCGCGCUGUUUUUCGUUUCACCAAGGUGGACUGGUCUUUCUGUAUACCGUUUUAUGGCAUUUGCGAAAGCGACCACGAUAUCUCGAAUACCCACUCUGAUUAGCGAGUGAACAGCAGUCGCGUUGUGCCAGCUGGAAGGUCAGUGGCCAAAGCAACACUCUCAUGCGAGUAACAGCGCGCCAUUCGUGCUGCUUCAGAAGAAGGCUGUAGCCUAUCAACCAAAUGAGGUGUUGAUUCGCCGUGAUUAUAUUAGGGGGCCAGUUUUAAGUAUAUCAGCACUGCAAGAUUUGUAGACGGAUUGUACGUACAGGUGUAGGAUGGCGUAUAAACAACAUAUAUAUGCAACAGGAUGCGGAAUUAAGAAGACUAUAUCAUAUAAAAGAUCGUUCGCGAACGCUUACUUCGCAGUGUUCUCGAUGCAUGUAUACACCGGUUCCGAAAAACCACUGCUUUACUUGCUUAUGGAGUGAUAAGCUGGGUGACACAUCAGUGGUCAGUUAUGUAAUGACUUGCCUUCACGUUAACCUAAGGCACUAUGCUUAUCCGUACGGUGUUUUGGGAGGAUGCGGACGCGUGUAGCACGUUUUGAUGACUGAAUCAAAGCAUUCAAACGAGAAGAAGCCUCACGCAAUUGUGUGCUAAACACGCCCUGGGGCCACUUAUAGCUAGACCAUCCUAACUCGCGCGCUUUGCGAUGCACGCUGCUCAGAAUAGCUCGACACAUGUAUUUUCGAGGCGGAUAAUAAGCUUUGAUUCUUGCGACAGAACCUUCUACGUAAUAACUUUUAAUUGCUGCAAAAUUAUCGCGCAGCGUAGUACGAAUCUCUCCUUUGUUUCUUUUUCUUUUUUUACUCACCGUGUUCUUCCAAUGCCGAAGAUCUGGCGAUGAUGAAAAUUAGGCAGCAGACUACGGACGGUGUUUUAUCAAAGUGGUAUAGUUACAACGUGUCACAACUUUCAGGAGGAACAUAGUUUAGGCCCGGACUAAUUCACCCACUUGUAAUUUUACGCGACCUACGCGCCGACAUCGCUGUGAGUAAAGAGAUAAACAUAUUCGACCGAAAUCUGGCUGGCUGAAUUAAGACAGAUCUCAAUGAGACAGGACGAAUAUCAUCGGCGGUGGAGACUAUACCAAGGUUUGUGGGUGGGAGUUCGGAUCAAACUGAAUUGCUUGUCACAGACGUACAACCGAGGAGAUAACAUCACGCAGAGAGUCGUCCUUGCAGAUUGUUGCUUUUGCUGUAGAAAGAUAUCGGGUGGUUGAAAUGGAAGUUCUUAAGUUAAAUGCGCAAGUUAAAGGUUGCUUCAUCAUACUCCCUCUUUGACCUUUCUUUUUUAAAAGGAGUUCACUGAGAAAGCGCGGCGUUUUCCUGAAGUGUUCACUUGAAGCUGCGAGGUUCCGAUCUUGAACUUCAUCGUGUCUGCUUAUUUGUUUUUGUUUUUUGUUCUUUUUCUUGCUUUUUUUGAACGCUAAAAUACAGUUAAUACGUUAUUCUUUAAGCUUUCCGUUCUUUCUUUGCGCCCCACGUCUUCAGCUUAGACGCAGUGCGCAACCACAGCAUUGGAGAUAUCUUAAAAGACCAUCCUUCCAGUUAGAUAAGGUGCCAAUGUCCUGUUCGCGCGAAAGCAACGUGAAAACACACACUCCCAGUUUGCACCGCGAAAUUCUGGUGCUGUGCUUGGGCGUUGGCCAAACUACCUCGAAAUGCAAUUGCUUUGUUUCUGCGUUGCUAUCCCAGUUUUCAUUGCUUCUAUGCCAAGACGAAAGAAUAAUGUUUUAUUACAAUAGGCGAUGCAUUAGCUCUCGAUGCCGUUAUUUCCCUGAACAUGUUUUUUUUUUUGUCACAGACCGAAACAGAGUUUACGAGUAAAAAUUACGGGCACAGCACUGCGUGUGCGAGCGAGUGCGACUAUACAGUUCAAGCGUAUUAGCGCAAGCACUCGCACUGUGUACUUGAAGUCGCGAAUAGCGAACGGAAAGCGCACCUGAACCAACAAAAACAGUUCUCAGUCCUGCGCCGCCCCUAACAACGGAAGAUGCAAGCAGAAACAAAACAGAGGAUUUUAUUCAGUGCCGUUAGAGUUACUGCAUAUGUGCCAGCAUAUAAAGUAACUCUAGGUGUCGUGUAGCAGCAGUACCAUUGUGAUCAAACGGAGAUCAAAACAAAAUGUCGCUAACGUCGACGUUUCGAGAACAUGUGCGUCUUCGUCAUUUCUCGUUACCUAAACGACACUUCCUGCAAAAACAAUGUGCUUCUACGUGACAACAAGUGGAGCGGUCGCUGAAAAACCAGUGUGGCACAAAUCCAACAUCGCCUGGGAACUAAUGGCUACAUUACGUGCAGACAUCAACCGUUGCGGGGAUGAAACUCAUUGCACCAACUCUUUAACAGGUUCGGCAGGUGAAGGAAAAUCGAACGGAUUUACAGCACAGAGGAAAUGAGCGGAAGUGACAUCGACAUCGGGAAAGGACUGAUCGCCUUCAAAAGCUCGUUCUCAUGACCUGUUGCUAUAGCGACCGAGGGCGCGCCGACAUGGCGCGCGCUAGGCGAUAUAGGUUAACACAAAAUGGCCUUUUCACGCUGCUGAGUGAUGGAUUGCGCGGGGGCCGUGUUAGGGCGGACAAAAGCGGAGGCGAAUAGCGAGAUCAUUAGGCGAGUCCCGGUUCGAACAGAAGCUAAGAAAGACAAACGGUCUGCGGGGAAAGGGUGAAGGAGUGUGUUCUUCAAUCUGAACCACGGGCCCAGCAUUAAUGACUCCCAGAUGUACACCAGCCCUUGUGCCACAGUCGGAGCGGAGGCGUGUGACUCUGCGCUCGCUCUCGACUUUCUCUCCAUCGUUUGCAAGUAUGCUUAACAUUGAAGCGCGCAGCGUAUCCGCAGCGACAGCCCGGUCGGCGCUGUGAAUAAUUAAUUCGAACAUUCGCAUUCCACUCAUUAGUUUCUCGCUCACUAGAACAAUAGCAACGUAUAUAAAAGGCGAUAUCGCUGGAAACGUUAUCGCAUUACGCGGCUGAACAGAAAACGAGUCUGCAUGGUGUGCAAAUCAUGAGCUCGCAUCGAUUGCCGUUGAAACGGUAGCGCGUCCAGGUGCAAUUUUAAUCCACUCGCGGAAUCGUUCGGUCUUACUUGCUCCGCGCGGUUGCAGCAGCGACGCUGUUUGCUCCGCUUCGCCGGCCUUCCCGACGGUUGCGCACACACCAGCCCGAACCGCCCACCAACUCUGACCGCGGCACGUUUAAUGCCUCCAUUUUGCGAAGUGCCCGAGCGCGGGACUAAAUUAUGAAAUCUAGACGUUAUUUCUAAUAGUUGCUCUUAUAAAGACAAAAUGGUGUUCUCGGCUUCCCUAGCGCCGUGAAAUCGUUAUUUUAUCGGCAGAGAUAUCUUGUGAGACUGAGUCUCGGCUGACUCGAUUCCUGACGGGACGAAAACGUAACAGCGACAAAGCGGUAUCGUAAUAAAAUAAUUGUUAGGGUUUUACGUCCCAAAACCACGAUAUGAUCAUGAGGGAACGCAGUAGUGGAGGGUUCCGGCAAUAUCGACCACCUGAGGUUCUUUAACGUGUCCCUAAAUCUAUAAGCACACGGGCCUCCAGCAUUCCGCCUCCAUCGAAAUGCGCUCGCCGCGGCCGGGAUUCGAUCCCGCAGCCUUCGCGUCGGCAGUUAGGUACCGUAACCACUAGACCACCGUGGUGUGUAAAGUGUUAUCGCAGCGGGAGACGGGAUCAUGUCUGGCUCAGCCACCGGUCCCAGUCCUCCCUUUGAUAACAGGUUAUUGCAAGUUGCGACAAAGACUCCUAGAGUAAACGACAGUCGGUGAACAUAGGUGGCAUAUUUUGCCGGCCUACAGAACAUGGGCCGAAUUCACAAUGUUUUUCUUUCGUAAGUGGUCUAUUGGUCAUCGUUAAUGUCCAACAUCGUGAUUGGCUGAAAGCGUUUCUUACGAAACAUUUCGGCAUAAGUGUACAUGUAGUCUCUGUAAGUGCGGUCGCAGGUAUACCCCAUCUCUUCAGCUUGCACGUCAACUUGCGUCGUGCGCAUCCACCGCCAAACACCGAGUCAAAGCACGUUACGAGCAGGAGCUUUUAUUUACUCAAACAGCGUGGCAAAACACUGGGUUAUCUGUAGCUUUAUCGGAAUACUGAUAAACCGCUAUUGGGAUAACAAAGUUUAGCGCUUGCGCAAGCGAUGCGAAAAGAAAACAUCGCGGUGGUGUAUACAUUGUAUAUAAAGUAAACAAGGACACCAGCGUGCCGAACAGCUUAUACAGCUACGAUGGACUCUGUAUACGCUUGUUUUUCCUGCCUUUAUCAGCGAACAAAACUUGCGACAUUGCAUAUCUUCCUCCGUACCCGAGAAUUCCAGUCCUCUUUCUGAAAGUGCGGUAGUUUGGUCAAGACAUGUGGACUUCAGAUGCUUCACUCAUUCGAAAAAAAAAUGCAGGCAACUUCAAAUGAGGGCCUUCGCUACGUCCGCUUUCUUUUUUGUUCAAUGGACUGAUCGUUAAUAAAUAAUUAAUUAUCUCACUAAUUCAUUUCGGCCUUGGAGUUGCAGAAAAAAAUGUACAAUACAAAGAAAUCAAUACAAUAAAACCUUGGAAAGCCACAAAGCUCGCGACAACGGUGCGACGUCAUGGGACGUCAUAAAUUUGAAAGUAAAGCUUGCGUCUUUAUUUUCUACUUUCCACAUUUGAAGGCACACUGCGAACGCCGCACAAAGAAAUGCGGAAGUUGUGGAAGAACAUAUUCUACAAGUUUAGCAGAGCGUAGCAUUUCGAUGCACUUAGUGUUCCGUAAGCUAAACCAUAAAGAACAAAUCGAGAAGGAAGUGAGUGGUCCGUGUUUUUCUCGUCACCUAAGCGCGAUUCCGUGCGCGAACCCUCUGCUUUGACGUGCCAACUGGUGAAGACAGAGCCAGAGCCGUUCCACGCACUCUAAAAGCCUUCCUAAUGGUCUUACUUAACACGUGGGUGCGAUGUCUAAUGACCGCUGCAACACCCGGCUUAUGAAAAGAAACCAAAGACACGACUAAUGUCUCGCGGGACCUUGAAUCCCACUUGCGGCAACAAACAUCGUCCCUUGCUAAUAGUUAUAACAAUAGUAAUUGUUGGUGUUUUACGCCCCAAAACCACGAUUAUGAGGGACGCCGUAGUGGAGGGCUCCGGAAAUUUCGACCAUCUGGUGUUCUUUAACGUGCACCUAAAUCUAAGUACACGGGCCUCUGUGUAGUAUGUCGCCUCCAUCGAAAUGCGGCCGCCGCGGCCGGGAUUCAAUCCCGCGACCUUCGGGUCAGCAGUCGAGCGCCAUAACCACUAGACCACCGUGACGGCUUGCUAAUAGCUAUACAUGCGAUCAUUGUUGGUUAUGUCGUCUUUCCAUAACUUUUCCGCGCUCAUUCACUUAAAAGCUCACGUUCAGAAGUUACUUGCUAGUCGGACGCCGUCGUGAAGGAAACGCCAAUUUACGGAUAGUCUUCCGAAAUAUGUGCGGUAUUAACGGAUACAUCUCGUCGGUCACAGUAAUAGCUUGACUAUAGACUUUUUCUUUUCUUUUCCUUUCUUCUUUUUUUUUUUUUUUUGUUCAGGCAACCUGUCGGAAGUCCCUCGACGUCUCAGUAGAAAGCCUGUACAAUGUCAUUUAUGGACAAGUUGCGUGUGACCCAUUUCAUUACACAGUUUUGUAUACCAAUGUCUUGAUUUUCUCUUUCCCUCUCACCAAUCACGCCGGGCCGUGCUACCUUAUGAGUUGCGGAAUGAAGAGUCUUUCAUGUCCUCAAAACCCACUACUACGGGGUGAGGUUUUCGAACCGAUGAAGAUGGUCAACCCAAUACUGUCGAGUCCACGUGUCAGCUCCAUAAAUACGCACCAUCCUGCCUCCUGUUAUGCAGAACCAACCCUAUAGCCCUCGUGCAAGUUAGAAAAUACAUAUAUAAUGAAAUGCGCGGAACCAGCGUAUAAACCGCUCGACCUGUAAAAUAUUAGUGAGCUCGCGCUCACGGCUCUUCCAUAUACGUGAGGCAAGCAAUGCGUCUCUUUCAACUGGUGCUAAAGCGAACACUGCGUACAUUACCUACUUUUCACGGACGGGUAUCAAAUAGAACGUUCUUACGCUCAUGUCACUACAGCACUUUAUUCUUGCGUCAUUCGUAUAGAAGGCUUGCAGCUGAUAUACACUAGCAUGUUCGCUUUCUUUUACAACAAAUCGUUUGACUAAGCGUGCUGCUUGUUAUCGAGAAACGGGUUAUUUUUAUGAUCAAACGGGUACACGUAAAAUCGGAAAUUUCAAUUUGUGAGCACAAUUCAGCUGCGCCAUUUAAACGUACGUCCGGAUUUGCCACAGCAACGGUAAACGCCACAUGUGAAGCGAGCCCUAAACGUUCGCCCCAAUACGUGGUUCAUAUCGUGGCGUGAUUGUUCUCAGCGCUCAGCCAUAGCAAGGCCGGGCACUGGUCUCUUCGAGCGCAGACCGGAUACGGGACCAUUAAAAGCUCGUCAUUCUCGCGCUCUCCUGUGCCCAACAGGAGUAGCACGAAGAUCAGAAAGAACCGCUGAGACAAGCCUUUCCCAAUUUCACGAGUACAUAUAUUAGUAGGCGAUAUAGAACGUCACGCCCAUCGUCACAACGUAUGCCGCGUGUCAGUUUAGCAGGCGCCAAAUCCUCUUUUCAGCGAAGGUAUUCUCGACAGGACAUCGAAAUUAGCGUGCACUUUGAAAAGUUGAAAGUUCUGACCAGUGACGAGACAGUUCGGGAAUUUCGUUUACCACUUCGUUUUUUUUUUUUUUUUCGUUUUUUUUUUAAUGUCCUUGCACGCCCUGGUGCAGUGAACUCACUCGCGCAGCGAACAUGCUCGGUUGCGAUCAUUAUCGUAGUCCCCCUUUCGUUAAGAUCCCCCAGCCAUCUUUUCCCGCUUUCUGUCGUUCCAACAAAUAUGGAACACGCUGUCAUUCCUGUGCUAAAGGGGUUCGCCAGCACUUCAUAUUCACGCUAACAAUAUAACGUCGUUUAUAAAGUCACGCAGGGGGACCAGAUGAACAAGGCUCAGAGAAAAACUUGACAGUCGUGCAGCGCAGCCCCGCGAGGGCUGUCACACGCCACGAGAUAGCGAACAGGACUGAAGGCCAGUAUGGCUUAGGCAAGGGGGCAUGAACGUGGCAUGCCGUGCGCACUACUCUGUGGAAAACUGCAAGGACAGGCAGAACGAAAAUCAGCUACUCUAUCGUUUGGCAAUAGCGCUCCUUGCUCCUGAAUGAGGUUAUCAGUAUAAAGGAUUGGCUCCUUCACGAGAGCUGCCGAACGGAGCCAGUCAACGUUGAGAAAUUUGGUCCCGAUCGCGCUUAAUCGCGCUCACCAAUGCACAGUGUGACACCUGUAUGAGACAUGAUUCGCACAGCCAUCAAACGUUCCAUCAGGUCGCCGUCACGACACCAGCUUCCAUCAUGAGACAGCGUUUUCCUCCUAAGUAAUGACACGUCGACGGCGUUAGCCGAUGCUAUAGCAAUGCCAUGUGCGUCGCAUUUUAGAAGGAAAAGCGGUGAUAAGACGCUGUGUAUCGUGACGGACAGCGAUGCCAUGACGGCGAUGUGACCGACGGCUGUUUGAGCCCGUUUGAACCUGACCAUGCUCAAGAAGCUGUCGACCUGAAGAAGAUGUCGCGGUAUGCACUUGACGGCGUAUAUUUUGAUGUAAUCAAUAGUUCUUUUUGUCGGAGGGCUGCGCGGUGAGGCAAUAGCGUGCGAGCAGAAAAUCACACUCGCUAAGUUAAAAAAUAAAAAAUAAAAAAGGUAAACGUUUCGAUGUGUCGGGCUCAGCACGACGUUGACACGCCAUGUCUCUUUCUUUAAGUUGGUCGGCAAUAAUAUUACACUCAACAUAAUUCUGCUUUUUUUUCAUACAGUUUUCAGUAGUAUACUCUUCAUUAAAUCCCUGUGUCUUUGUGGCUUAAAAAAUGAAAGAAAGAGGGCUUUUUUUUUUUUUGUCUGAGUUGUCGAACGUUGCUAGAUCGAAAGGCCGAUCGAUAGACCGAGCGAGACCUGAGAACGGGCACAUGGUGUCUGGAAAGUAUCUUGCGCAGAUUACAGUGACCGACGUCGCUUUUUGGUACAUUGUACAGACACGGGUAAAUCUAAAGGGACCAGGGCAACCCGAUGCUUCCUGUACGACAGUCUGUCGCAAAUGCUUGUUUUUGCACAGGCAGAUGACAUAUUGACCACAACAAGAUCCUGCAAUCUAACUUCGGCUUGCGACAGGGCGCGAAAUGGCAACGGUCAACCGCGGUUGCACCGAAGCUUGUGCUCGCAAUCAGCGUGUCUUUCAAAGCGUCUCCUUAAAAAAAAAAAAAAGAUGUUCCAACUGUCCAUACAGAGCCUGUAAAUAUUUUACUAUCUUGUCAGCAAAGCUACGAGAACACAAGCUUGGAGUACUUAGUGAUUAAUGGCAAAACGAGCACAGAGCGAAAGACCGUGAUAAAGAUCAAAUACAGUAUAUAUACACAUACGGCACUACGUUGCAACAAUAAAUUGUUGGAAUUCAGUGUAGUGUGCGUCUUUCUUUGUUCUACAAGCGGAGCUGUUAAAUGCCGAGGUAAUUCUCUAGGGAUCGUCGUCCGCACUUUCUAGUCCAGCUGCGAACGCGAAGCCUGACGAGAGGGAGAGCAUGGGUAGAGCCAUGUGGGUGAGCGGGAAGCCUAGUUAGCGAGUUGAGCCAACGCUGGUUGAGCCUGGUAGAGAAAGGGUAGCGACGAGAAGAGGGUGAAGCCGGGUAGAGAGGAGGAGAGCAAAGGCGAGGCUAUGGCGGAACCGAAGCAGGUGGUGUGGAAACGAGAGAGCAGGGGCGCGAUUGGCUAUGCCGGUAAAAGAAGCAAACCAAUGGUAGCGCGCGCUCGAACACUGGUGGUGCUGGUGAGAGAGGAGGAGGGGCGCGCAGAACAUUAGCGAAAGCGGAGAACAGGCGCGCUAAUGCCACCAGCUCUGCUGUUUAAUCAGCCAUCGAGACGUUAAGUCAGUUGAAGCUGUACAUUUUUUUUUGUGUGUAUCCGCGAUGUGCUCCUUUUGCCAAAGCCGAUAAAGAAUGUGGACGCACGGUCAGUAGAUUUCGACUGUGCUGUUUGAGUCGUGAGUUGUAUAUAGGCAUUCCCAUCCUGUUUCGAAAGUCUAUGAACAACAAGAGAGCGAAGAAAAUUCGCACAGUUUUUGUCAGCAGAUAGCAUAAUUAAUGCGAACAAGAUGGUGAUCAAGUCUGAGAGAUGGAAAAUCAGUUUAAGUCUAUAGACAGCGUAUCAGUCGUCUAAGUUCAUAUUUAGGUCUUGCGUAAUGAGAAGGUCGUGCAAAUUCAUUUGCUGCGCUAUUUACGCACUCUCGUGCGAUGUGUCUGUCAACGUACAGAACUUAAGUUCUUUGCACCAACACGUGAGCGCGCCAUUGUUAACAUUUGUCGGCUCUGAACACGGUACCUUCUGUACUCUGGCUUUGUACCAUUAUGAGCUGAUGUAGUCGUGAUAUGUUGAAGAGAGUAUAGGCAUAUAUAUGGCAGUUUUCGAAACUGCUCACAGAAGGAAAGGACGAAUUAUUCUUAAUGCCUUCGGCGUUUGUAAAACGGCGUUUUAUUUCCCUAUCGCUUCGUGGACGUUUGCUCACCACCUAAACCUGGGACUCGCAUGAGUGGUCAUUGUGCCAGAUAUCAUACCAAAUAACGUAAUCGAAGACAAGCACGCUAGCUGACGUGUUGCUUCACAGCGUGUUCAUCGUAACGCUACAAGGGUUGAAAAGCGUGCGCAGAAAAAGAAACUCCGCUUGUUUCUUUCUCUAUCUCUUACUGUGUGGCUAAGCGUUGAUUGCAUUAUGCAUCCUGAGACCAGCCGAAAUCUACGUUCAUCUAGAUAGUAAACUGUUUCACAUGACAUCGCUGAAUAAUUUCGUUUCACAAUGCACUCCGGCUUGCCAGGAAUAUAAGAAACAACACAAGCAAGCCGUGCUAAGCUGCUUAAGGAGCACGUCAUCUACUUUCUCCUCCCUCGAUUUCAUUUCGUCAAGAAGGUUAACUAUUGUUUUUUUUUAUGAUAUGAAGCUGUUUAACAAGAAUUUAACCAAAGCUAGCGCUGUUGCACAUGGAUGUGUCAUAUAUCAGCGCUAGCCACAUUGCCGGUCGACAAUGAGCAUCUAACCGACAGAUUUAACUGAAACUGUG